AUGUCAUUUGGAUGGUCUGCUGGGGAUAUUGCGCAGGCAAUAUCUUUGAUUGUCAAGGUUGUAAAAGCCCUUGAUGAUGGAAGUGGGGCCCCUGAUGAGUAUCGCAAAAUGGCUGUCUUUCUUGAGAAUGUUAAUCUCACAUUAAAGAACCUACACGUCUUCGCUACAUUAGGGCAACAUCCUUCGUAUGGAGAUGAGAUUCGUAAACAGGCUGAGAAUAUUCGUCCGCCUUUGGAGCGUUUUCUCAACAUCAUGAAGAAAUUUGAACCACACUUAGGUAGCAAUGCCACACCCGGCUGGUGGAAAAACAUACCCCGAAAGAUGUUAUGGACUUUCAAGCAUUCCCAUCACAAACUGAAGAAGGAAAUUAAGGAGUAUUUAUUCACGCUCGACAAUCUUUUAAAUAGAUUUACAUUGGAAUUCGUCCUUACUCUUCCAGACGAACUGAAACAACUAUUUAUCAAUACUCUUACCCCCCAGGUGAUUUCAGCUCUAGAAGUAAUGGUCAAUCCUGUGCGCAGCGAAAUAUCUACGAUACGAAGCGAAGGGAGGAGGCAGCAAAAAGAACUACGUUCUAAAGCAGAGGAAAUCAUUAUAUUGUUGCAAUUGCUCAAGAUGGAUGACUCCAAGUCUGAGAAUAAUGGUGCUUUGGAUGCUGCCGUUCACAAUAUAAAAGAGCACAUCACUAAUACGCUUGGAUCAACGUCCAAUAAUCCUCAAAUACCCAUCAUUGACAGUUGCUCACGAAUGGCAUGUAAUGCCGAUUCACUUCCUGCAAGCAAGUUUUCGUUUCGGGCAAUGAACGGAGAUCCACUUGAAGCGAGCGACGAGGAGAUCAAACAAUCAUUACGAAAAAUAUAUUAUAGCAUUCCUCUAUAUGCAGGAAUGUUCCUACGCAAUCUAUGUUUAUAUCUCGCCAAUAGGCUGAAGCUGUCGAGACCCUUGACACCCACCUUACUUGCGAUGUAUCACAUAACUUUUCAUGAUGCACUUGGCCGUCCUCCAAGAGUUCUUCAGAUUGAUGUUUUUAAUAACUUUCAAGUCUUCCAGGCAUUUUUAUGUCAGUCAUUCUCUGAUACAGUAGGGCAACCCUGGGUAGAACGAGGGUCAUAUCUACUCGCGAACAAAUCAGAAAAAUCUGCUCUGACGGCCGAUACCUGGUCGCGUAUCAUUAAGCCAGGAUGCCAUAUAGAAAUGGCCAUGGUGCUUGACUACAAUAACAAACUAACAAACAGAUGUCCUGACACCAAUUGUUCGGGCGCCCUGAUCAAUAUGACCCAUUCCACAUGGAGAAAAUGUCAAUCAUGUCAGAAAGAGAUACUUGAACCUGACGUUGCCAAAAAGAUUGAGAAAUCUUAUGCUCCUGUGUCGCAAGUGGCUACGGAACAGCACGAGACAAAAGUAUCUGAGGCUAUUAAUAAUGCAACUUUUGCUCGGUGCGUCUAUCGACUAAAUCUUCAAUAUCCGACUGCUCAAUCUGCGGAGCCUCUGAAACCACAAAAGAAUGAUACAGAGCUUCCAACGAUACAAUCUAAACCUGCCCUAGCGCUGCAACGAAGCGAGUCAAAACCUGAUGUGAGGCUUUCAGCUCGACCAUAUGCAGCAGCUUCAGUAUCGCGGAAAGGCGAUGUCUAUACGUGGUCCUGUUGCUGGUGUCGAGAUUAUAAUGGAGGCUACACACCCCCACAAGCCCAUUCAUCAUUCCCAUCGACUCCACCAGAACAUCAGCAAAUACCUUUCAACAUGACUUCCCCAAACCACAACUCACCAUCCUCCACCCGACAAUCUGCAGGUAACCCCGCAAAUAACCAUUCACCCUCUACCACAGCCACGUCUCUCAUGCGUCCCCCUCGCUUCUACAUGCUCCGAGCCUUCACCAAUCGUCUCCUCCCUCUAACACUCUUCACAGUCUUCCUCAUCACAGGCACAGUAAUCCUCAUCUAUUCCGUUAUAGACAAACGCGUUAUACCUUCGAAUUUCAUCGCGGGCUCGUAUAUAACUAUCGGUGUUAUCAUUAUUCUAUGGUGUCUAUCACGUUUUAUACUUUUCAUCAGAGAAAGUUUCGGGGAGCUGGGAGUUGAUGAAGCGGAGGCUGGGUUGCAGGGAGUCAAUAGAGUACAUGUAAGAGGAUUGUGGGGAAGGGAAGAGGGGAGAGUAAAGAAAUGUUUGAGGUGGUUGAUAGAGACGCCGAGGAGCGAUGGGUCGAAAUCUCCGGGUGGGGGAGAUGAGGUUGGAAAUCAUGGUAUACGAAAUCAUCGAGGAGUUCCAACCCAAGAUCCACAAGUUGCAGAGGAGGGGACCGAAUUGAGAGAUUUUGAGAUUCAUGAUCAAGAUUCUCGGAUAGCUUCAUCGGGACUUGCACUUCCAUCUUUCGAACUUCUCUCUAACGUUCCAGCUUAUCCAUUCAAACCCAAACCUCAGCGUCAGCCAAAUGGUCCAAAUCCCCACAAUCCAAUACAACCACGUGCAACAUCUCACCAACAACCCCCCAGCCAAACCCAAAGAACCCCCACCCCAUCUCCCCAAGAAACCAGAAACCAUCGAGGACCAACCCUAAAUCCAACAAUCACCACAUCUCACGACACAUUAACAGUACAUCACUCCACACCACCUAACCCUUCCCAACCCGUCUCAUACACAGACGAAUCACGAGAUGUGACUUCUCAGACUCGCUUAACACCGAAUAUCUUACCAUUAUCUCUACAGAUUAAUCCUGGUUCGACACAUCCUGUACCGAGGUCUCGUCCUUCGAAAAUAACAAGACCGCUUACGCAGAGUUCGUGA